AUGGGGUCAGCAGCGGCCGGCCUGGCUGUGCAGCGACAGCGGGCCUUGCAGCAGCGCGUGGACGCUGACGUCAUCAGCAUGGUGGAGAAUUUCACCAACAUGAUCAAAGCGGCCAAGGCAGGCUCAUCCUCCCUUCUCCAAAACCCGAUUGUCUCAAUACGCGCUUUUUUAUCCCCCAACCUCUCCUCUUCCCCCUUCCCCUCCACCUGUCUCUCCCCUCCCCCUCUCCCCCCCAACUCCCUCCCUCUUCUCAACCCCACUCCCCCCCACCCCUACCUCCCUCCCCCCGCUUCCUCCCCCCUUACUCUCUCCCCACAAUCCUUUCCACUCCUGUUCCUCGCUUUCCCCCGUGCACCUCGUUUGUCUCCCUCUCUCCCUCUCAGAUCAACGAUCCUGUUCGCAACGCCCAGGAGGCGUACCAGAUUGAAGUGCACUCCGCCAAGCUGGUGGGAGCGGCGGAGUCUCUCCUAA